GAAAUAGUUCUAGAUUUGCGAAAUCAACUCGAUCUGCCACGAAUAUUCGCAGACUAGCGUCUCACAUGAUUCCGGCUCAGAUAUUCCGCCUGAUUCACACAAAUGGCCUGCUCUGGCAGGCCACAAACAAAUCUCUGCUAGCUAAACUGCGCAAGAAGACUGGUUACACAUUUGCAAACUGCAAAAAAGCUCUGGAAUUGCACGAGAAUGAUUUGAAUAAGGCUGAGAAUUGGUUGAAAGAACAGGCGCAGCAGCACGGCUGGACCCAGGCAGCCAAGCUGAAAGACCGCAACACCAGUCAAGGACUGAUCACGGUGACAGUAGAUGGGAAUCAUGCCGCACUGACCGAGAUUAACUGCGAGACUGACUUCGUCGCACGGAACAAAAAGUUCCACAGUCUCGCAGAGACAGUGAUCUCCGCUGUAUUGAACCAUGCAAAAUCCCAGGACGUUCAGAACGAAGUACAACGAAUUAUUUUCCAUGCAGACAGUCUCAAAGACCUGCCAGCCGCAGAUGGCAAGUCUCUGAGCGACCAUUCCGCCUUAACUAUCGGCAACGUAGGCGAGAAUAUCAGUCUGAGGCGCGCUCUCGCCAUCAGCGUACGAUCACCGGACGUGACACUGUUCGGCUGCACACAUCCGGCACCGAUGAAUCCCAUACCUAUAUCCUUCGGCAAAUACGGCGCCCUUGUAGCCAUUAAGUGCGAGGAAAACGAUAAUAUGUUGGGCACACAGCUCUGCCAGCAUAUCAUUGGCAUGGACCCGCAGAAAAUCGGUAACCCGCGGGUGGAUGAGCCGCACAAUAAUAUGGACGAGGAGCAGUGCAUGAUCUAUCAGGAAUUUCUGCUCGAUCCUAGUCUUUCUGUGCAGCAAUUGUUAGCGGAAGCGCAAGCUGAAAUCGUCGACUUCGCGCGUUUUGAGAUCGGUGAAGAACUUGACGAGAAGUCGCCACUAAAGAGUGCUCAGACUUGCGGCUGAUGUCAAUUUCAAUGUCCGUAAAUAUCUGAUUUCUUAUUGUCUAUCAUUAAUAUUAAUUUUCACGAUAUUACUUUAAUUAUGAAAUCGAAGAAGGACAGAGAAUGUGAAUACAAAUUCUUAAAUUGUUUAUAUACCUUUAAGAACAAACGUUUAUAAAAAAAGUGAUAGAUUAAUGUCACUCUCAACUUUGCCAUUAUGUGUAGUAUAUCGCAUUACUGUAAUAAAAUCGAUGAUAGUCUAGCGUAAAA